UUUUUUUUCAAAUUUACGGAAAAAUUCUUCAAGAAAUAUGUCAGUUAGGAAAAAGAUAUAUUGGACAAAUGUAUUUUAAAAAGAAAUUGAAAUGAAAUGGUUAAACAAAUCAGAAAUAAUGCGAUUUUUCAAAUGUGAACCAAACCCGUCUUAGGGAACACUGUCAUUAGAAAACUACAUUCCCUUGAUAUAAAAUGGUUAACAAUUUAAAUGCAUUUUUAAAGGAAACUAAUUUGUUGCUGAAAAGUGUAUACAAUAUUAGCAACAAUAUAGUUAUUUUAGUGAAUUUUCAUCGCCGAGGUUAGUACUUUUCUCUCUCUCGUUUGCUUCAAAGGGAAGAGGAGCGAGCGAUAUUGGCAUAAUCUUGUUAUUAGCAUCGCGUUUCUAUUAGAUAUUCAUAUCGUGCACGAAAUCAAUUUUAAAUUUUUUUGCAAAUAAAAUUUAAAAAUUUAAAAAAAUUAAUAUUCAAAAAAAUUUUCGAGAAAAAAAAAAUCACUAAAAAAUCGUAGAAAAUAACUAAAAGUUUUCGAUUUGUACUUUUUGGAAGUGCGACAACUCCCAUUUUCGAGAGAAAAAAAUAAAGUCUUUUGGUAAUCUUUCUUGGAUUUGGAACUCUUUUGAAAUUCAAGGUAGGAAAAGUAGUGAAAUUCAUCGACUGGAGAAGGAUGCCCAGGCUGUAGGCCUUAUUCUGGCUUAGUACUACACAGCCAUUUAUUGUUCCGCAUCCCCAUUCUUCAUGCCUGUUGAGUUUUAGAAUGGAGAUUCCCUCAAAUUCUACUUCUACUGAAGAGGGACAACUAGAGGAUGAAAAUUCUUUAGACAGACCAUUCGUCCUCGGGGAUGCAAAGACAAGGAACAAGGUGCUGAAUCCUUCAAUGCCAAAAAUGGCCGGCCUCAUAGUCCCAGCCGACAGCACAGAACAGGACUUUGACAGGAAAAGUCCCGACUCAUUUGAAGGGGCAUCCAUGACCUUCCACAAGAAGGACAAAACAUGUCUUGUGUGUGGAGACAAGGCACUGGGAUACAACUUUAAUGCUGUGUCGUGUGAGUCCUGCAAGGCUUUCUUCAGGCGGAAUGCCCAUAAGGUGAUUCGUGGGCGGUGUGAAGGAAGGUGUGACAUCACAGUGGAGUCAAGGUCGUUCUGCAAAAAAUGCCGCUUGGCCAAGUGUUUCACUGUUGGCAUGAGGAAAGACAUGAUAUUAAAUGAUGAACAGAAACAAGUAAGAAAACAAAAAAUCAUCAUCAACAAGUUACGAAAACAUGGUCAACUUCCUCCGGAGGAUACCUACGCUGCCACACAACAGGAUGUCAAUGACUCCUUAAACGAUCAUUUACGUUCACAAACACUUCAUAAUCUGCAGAUUUCUUUCCCGAAUUUGUCUGACAAAGAGCUGGGUGUCCUGAUGAAAAUGAAGACCGAAUCAUUUACCAAUGUUAAAUUUGCUUCACCAGACAUCAAAUAUCCAAGCUGGAAUGAAUCAAAGGAGGUUGUGGCCGAAAUCAUAGCAACCUUGCCCGAGAUUGAUCAAUGUAUACUCAACGAGUUGAUGAUUGCUCACGAGCAGAGCUCCUUCUUGGCAAACACUACAACUCAAAUAAAGGCUCCACCCACAAAUGCUACAGAGUUUGUGAACUUAGCUGAGGGAUUUGUGAGAAGGAUUAUCAAGGUGGCUAAAAACAUAGAAUUCUUUAAAAUGAUUAGUAAAGAGGAUCAAAUUUCCUUGCUUAAGGGCUCAGUGGUAGAAAUUAUGAUGCUGCGAUCAGCAAUUAACUAUGAUGUUCAAACGGAGUCGUGGAGUUUCAGCACCAUGAAGUGUUUGACAAAGACCCCCACCCCAUCAUCAAGUUCUGAUUCAUUGUCUCAAAUGAGUGGAACCUCUCCUUCAACAGCGUUACAAGGUGGAACAAUUUCCCAGGGAAUGGGAGCACUAUCUGAAAUGGGGAAAAUGGAGGGAUUAUCGAAGGAAGAGGAUUUGAAGAGAUUGAAAGAGAUGAUGAAGUCGCGGAUGGAAGGGGGAGGUGGAAAGAGUAGUGACACCGAGGGGAAAGUCAGUGCAGAUAUUCUGAAAAUGGGAGGAUCUGAAACCUAUAACAUGUUCUUGACUUAUUCCAAGUUCAUCAAGUCUCUGAUGAGAACAAUACAUGGGGAUCUAUUGGCAUUGAAGCUUCUGAUCAUGAUGUCUCUGUUCUCAGCAGACAGACAAGGUGUUCAGGAACACGACAAAAUUCAACAGAUCCAAGAGUGCUAUGCUGGAAUUCUACAAAAAUAUGUACAGAAGAGAUUUCCAGAGGACAAAAUCAUGUUCGCCAAAAUUGUUAUGAAAUUGACAGAUCUUCGGAACAUUAACGAAGUACAUACGAAAAUGUUGCUCAAAAUGAAAGUGGACAGUAUAGAACCUUUGUUGAUAGAAAUAUUCGAUUUGCCAAAUGAAUGAAUGCUUGAUUCCCAGUGAAGGAUGCACCAUAGACGUCAUUAUACAGCUCAUUGCUCAGUUGUUACUUCUGCAUCGUAAUGAUGGCAAUUUCAAAUUUCACAACUCACGAACUUCAAACUUGCAAUGUUUGAAUGAUAUUUAGAUAGAUGAGAUUUAUCUGAACUAGCUACUCAUACUCAGAGAGAGAGACAGAGACACAGAGAGAGAGAGAACAUUUAGUCUAAGUUUACAUUGUUUUGCUAAAUCUUGUAUAAAGAAUUUUUGAUGUUCAGUGUCAACAAAUUGGAAGUAAUCCAGCAAUUUUUGGAAGAAAUUGUAAAGCGUUUCAGAAAUGUUGAAAACAUUUUAUUUACAUUUUCCAAUACCCCAAACAGUACAUGUAAAUCCAAAGUUUGAUUUAUCAAUGUUUUUCCCUCCAUUAGAUUUCAAAGUGACCUGUGGGAUAGUGGACCUUAGUUAAUUGCUGUUUGCAUACCUCAAUGAGAAAUGCUAAGUUGUAGCAGUGUUAAAGUCAUUAUUUAAAUCCUUCAAAUAGGAGGCAUUAAAUAACAUGUUUAGUGUAUAUUUUGACUUUUACAGCUAUGACAGCCAUACAAGGUUUAGUGCCAAACAUCAACUUUGUUGAAGACAAGUAAGAUAAACAACCACUAAGUGUUAGUAUGGGUUGUCAACCCUAACCUCACACUUACAAAACAAAGGCUCUACUAAUUUAGAUUUUUAGACAUUUCACAUUUUUGGGAGUGAUCAACUUUCUAAGUCGUCCAACACAGCGUGCAUGGAUAUAUUGCUGGGGACGUUUGUGUGAGCCACAUCACACCUUCACCUUUCUGUGAUACAUAAAUGACAUAAUAGAAAAUGUCAACUGAAAACAUGUGUGAAAUGAAUUUGAAAACAAUUUUAUUUUUCCAAAAAAAAAGAAGGAGGGGGGAACAAAGGGAAAAAAUCAUCUUGGGACUUUUAAAUAGAUUAUCCUCUUAAAUGUGUACCAAAAUAAAUCUUAGAUAUAUCAUUUCCUCACAAAAAGGUCUCAACAGACUGGAAAAUUCCACAAGAUUUACUCCUGUGAAACAGUUUCAAAUCUUGUAUGGUUACCAUGAUCUCUGUUUUGUUGAAAAAUGUGUGUUUUGAAAUUUUUUCAAAACAUAUAGGGUGAAUGUGGUUAAAGUUGACCCCUUGUUAUUGUAUUAAAUGAACUAUAUUUCUUUUGAAUUAAGAUAUGGGUCUGGUCAGGAUCUUCAUUAUAAAAGUAAGGGGACAGUUAAUGCUUUAAAAGCAUUUUUGUUAUUGCUGAACACAAUUCUUUGUUGGAUGUUGUGCUUGUACACUGUUGUGAUUUUUCUAUACUGUGAACUAUGACUAGAGGAUAUGACCUGUAUGUGGUCUGUUCAUGCUAAAGACUUGCGACUGCAUGUGCAUCAUUUUCUCACCCGUGUAUUCAAAUUUCACUGUCUUUUUGUGGAAACGUAUAAAUUUGAUUUUAGGAGACCCAGGGUGUACAAAUCAAAAUUUCAAACUAGAAGUGGAGGGGGUGAAUUGAUUACUGACUGUUACGGUUCAACUGUUUUCUUCAGUCUCAUCGAAUCUUUAUAGAAGUGGAGGGGGUGAAUUCAUUGCUGACCAUUUUCUACAAUCUCAUUGAAUCUUUAUUUUGUGCUCAUUAAUUGUUACUUGUUAAUUGUUUACUUCCGGUGAUGUCGGUUACUAUAUCCCAGUGUUUAGAUACUGAACUAUUCCAGGCUGUAAAGCUGUCGACAAUGAAGACGUGAGACACAUAUCCUGUUACCUAAAUAUCUGUUUAUUCUCUUCAAGAGUCGCUUCUACGUGAUUUUUGUUGUUGCAGAUUUUCCUGUAUGUUAAUAAUGAAGAGUCUUGUACAUAGAUUUAAAGGGGAUAUGGUUAAUGGUUGAAAUUUAUUGCAAAGCAAACAAUUCUGAAAAAUGGGCAACAGGGGAGUUGGUUGCUUGUAGGAUGUUCAUGGCUUCUAUAUCCCUUACUUGAUAGUGUUUUUUAAAUUAGAUUUCUGGCUAUCACUGGUUAUGAAUUAAAAAUGGUAUUAUUUUUUAGUGCUUAAAAGGUUCUGCGUAUUGAUGAUGUGGUGAACUAUCAGCUGGACUGAAUUUCCAGUGGAAGUCAUGAAGCAUUAUGUAUCCUCCUAGCAUUACCAUCUAUACAUGAAAAUAAACAAUUUAGAGAAAUCAAUGAAUUAUAGGCAUAACAUCUGAAAUCUGGUGACUGUCAAUAGCUGUAUGUGUGCAGAAAAUAUAAAGAUAUUCCUUGACAGUACAAUUCUUCUCAUUUAGAUUUUUAAUUUUUAAAUGUAUAUACAGACAUGUUUAAAGUUACUAUGCUUUUCUAAACAGAUAAGUAAAUUGAAGAUUACCAACGAACUUAAUUUCCAUGACUCAGGACACUUUAAUUCAAAAGCAUGAGUAUUGUAACAAAUGACUGCCAUGUACAUAAAAUUUACAACAGAACAAUUCAACAUUUUACUCCAUGUUUGAACUUUCCUGUGCAAGCAGAAUGACUAAAUUUUACAGUUGAUGUCAGUUGGUGUACAGCUUCUAUAUAAGGCCAAGUAAAAUUAAUUAGUAGAUUAUCAUUCCUGCCCGCCCCUCGAAAAUCGCCCCGCCCCGAUUUUUUUUAUUUUUCAAAAUUACGAUUUCCGGAUAUUUUUAUGUCCGGUCCGGUAUCGUAAACGUACUUUGUUUCACUUUGCCUUUUAGAAACCCAAAUACACAUGUAAUUAUGAUUUAUAAAGCCUUUUCUCAAUGAGAGAAGGCAUUUUUGAGGUCAAGAAUACCAUGGUGAAAAAUAAAAAAUAUAAAAAAUAAAAUCCUCCCACCCGCCCCAUUUUUUUGUGAAGUUUCAAUGAUAAUCUACUAAUUAAUUUUACUUGGCCUAAAGUGAAAGUUUUCAAAGAGUUUUGAAAUUUUCAUGUAAACUUUUGAAUUAAAGACUAUUUACAUUAUGAAUUUGAUUUAGCAGAAAAUAAGGUUUUUGAAAAUGUUUGAUUGUUUGAUUAGUUUGUUUGUUUGUUUGAAACUUUGUAAACAAUGAAUAACUGGAAUUCAAGACAGUGUUGUGUCAGUGGUGACCAGCAGAGCUACUGUACUGUCUAAGACAUUGUCAUCAUGGUAUAAUUGCUGUCAUCAUCUGAGCUUUAUGAGAUAAUGUAGAUAGAAACUCAGAAGAAGAGUCUGGUGCAUUUAAUGAUAGGUUUGACUGAAAGAUGUAUUUUUGUAAUAAGUAUUUAGCAUUUUGAAAACCUUUUGAUAAUAGUAAGGAACUAUAUGAGUUGACCUUUUUUCUGAGAUUGAAAUAGAUGAUCGUGGCCAGGUUUAUCACGACGUCUAAUUAUAAACUCAUAUGAGCAUUUAGCGAUUGAAGUUUUGUCGUCUGUCAGAUUGAAGUUUUGUCGUCUGUCAGUUCCAAUGUAAAAUCUCUAAAAAUAAUUUAUAUUGGACCAUGUUUAUAAGUAUAUUAAAUUCUAAACCUUUGACUUUUGGAUCUAAUACAAUCUAACUUACUUGACAUGAAACAUUAUUCAAAUUCAAUUGUUGAUUCGCUCCAAGAGGUCACUAGCUUUAUGUAAAGUGCUACAAAUGUAGACCCAUGUUAGAACUCAAGCUUAUGCAGUGGAGAUCGCUAUGCUCACCCUGACCUCAGAUGUUGGUCUCUUCGGAUAAUUUCCUUACUGUCAGUCAAAUUCUGAGGGCUUAGUAACGCAUCAUGAAGACCCACAGUUGCAGUUUGUUAAAGUAGUACUUUAUAUUGUGUAGGGCAAUCUUAUUCUCAUCCGAGUUGCAUUUGCUUUUUGUGACGUCACAAGAAAGGGUUAAGGGUUGGAUCUCUGUAUUAAGAGUGAGCAAUGUGUCCCAUCUAGCGGCUUUUCCGAUCUCUCCUCAGAGGAAGUGUCAAAUAAACUUGAGAUAAGAUAUACACUGUUCUCAUAAAUUUUCUUUAAAAAUAGCACAUUAUUGAAGCAAUGAAGUGUUAACGAAGGUGUAACAAACUAUCCACGGUACAAUCUGUCCAGUACGUUGAUAUAUAUAUAUAUAUAUAUAUAUAUAUAUAUGUUGUUCUAUUUUUUGUUAUGUUAAGCUUUGUAGUUCGCCUGGAUUAAUGUGAUAUGUUAUGUAAUAAAUUCAAUCUAUUC